ACGUGAUCUAAGGGCGUCCACGUGACUGAGCCACACCAGUCAUGGCGCGGCCGCAGCUUCUCUCCGUCCUGAGCCGUCCCUGGGUCCGCCGGCUGAGCGGCAGCUGCUGCCCGCUGAGGGAGCACCGGGGGCUGCUGCGGCUCCGAGGCCCGAACACCCCGGGCUUCCUGCAGGGGCUCGUCACCAACGACACGGAGCGACUGGGGGAGGGCGCCGUGUACGCUCACCUUCUCAACCUGCAGGGGCGGAGUAUGUUUGACGUCAUCCUGUACAGGCUCUCCUCGGAAGCGGAUGGACAGUCUGAAGUACUCCUGGAGUGCGACAUUCAGGCGUUGGGGCCCAUCCAGAAACAUCUGCAAGUCUACAACUUCCGUAAGAAGGUGGAGGUGGCGCCCUGUCCGGAGCUGUCGGUGUGGGCGGUGCUUCCAGGUCAGAAGCCGCAGGAUCCUCCAGGGGCUAGGCCACCAGUGGUGGUGUGCAGCCCUGACCCCCGAGUGGCGGCUAUGGGGUGGAGAAUUGUGGCGGGGGCGAAGGGAAAGAUCACAGACCUGCUGCCCGAAGCUCGGCCGGGAAGCUACGAGGAGUACUGCAAGCACCGAUAUGAACAUGGUGUUCCAGAGGGGGUGAAGGACCUUCCUCCAGGGGUGGCUCUACCGCUGGAAUCUAACUUGGUUUACUUGAAUGGAAUUAGUUUUUCCAAAGGAUGUUACUUGGGCCAGGAGCUAACGGCCCGGACUCACCACACCGGAGUUAUCCGCAAGCGGCUGGUGCCUGUGCGCCUCUCGUCACCAAUACCGGCCGAGUGCGAGGAGUCGGAGAUCGUCACGCUCUCGGGGAAAGCAGCCGGUAAAUACAGAGCCGGGAUAGGUGACUUGGGUCUUGCCCUUUUGAGGCUGGAACACCUUGGAGUAGAACUUCAGAUAAAACUAGAGGGUCGGGAGCCAGUCAAUGUGAACGCCUCCACACCGGAUUGGUGGCCAGAGCCUGAAAAUACUCCAUGAAGAGACUACAUUACUGAACGUUAAGAGAUCUCACUGAUCGAAAGAGUGUUAAAUAGUAUUGUAUUUUUUCAUAGACUACAAACAUUGUUGUGCCUUCUAUCUCGUUAUCUAUUAUUACACUUAUUGCCCCUUAUAUGUGGGAACUGCAUUAUUUCAUUUAUUUAGUCCAAGUCUUACAAGCUCAAUAAAUAAAGCAGCACAACCCACA